UCAAUUUUCCUCACUCUCUAUACUUCCUAACCCACCAACCAAAACCCGUUUCAGUUUUCAUCUUCAAAGUAUUAUGCCACAUAAAAGAGAAUAUUUCUGUCUUUUCAUGCUCUUCACUUGUUUUUUGCCAUCAUUGGCCGACAAUGCUCAAGUUCUGAUGAACUUCAAAAGUAACUUGUCCAAUGCUGAUGCUUUAAAGAACUGGGGGGAUCCAUCGACUGGUCUGUGCAGCUGGACUGGUAUAUUAUGCUUCGAUCAAAAAUUUCAUGGCUUGAGAUUAGAGAAUAUGGGACUAAGUGGCACUAUUGACGUAGACACGCUGCUUGAGUUGUCCAAUUUGAAUAGUUUUAGUGUCAUAAACAACAACUUUGAGGGUCCAAUGCCUGCAUUCAAGAAGCUUGUGAGUUUAAGGGCAUUGUUUCUGUCCAAUAACAAGUUCUCUGGUGAAAUUCCGGAUGAUGCUUUUGAAGGCAUGAAGCGUCUCAGGAAAGUAUUUUUGGCUGAAAAUGGGUUCACGGGUCAUAUUCCUGCAUCCCUUGUUAAAUUGCCUAAACUUUAUGAUGUGGACAUACAUGGAAAUAGCUUUAAUGGCAAUAUACCAGAAUUUCAACAGAGGGAUUUCAGAGUGUUUAAUUUGUCUCACAACCACUUAGAGGGUCCAAUACCAGAAAGCUUAAGCAACAGGGAUCCAAGCUCAUUUGCUGGCAAUCAAGGUCUAUGUGGGAAACCUCUAACCCCUUGCGUCGGAAGCCCUCCCUCACCUUCUGAUCAAAACCCAAUUUCAACUCUUUCACAUCAAGAAAAAAAACAGAAAAAAAACCGCAUCCUUUUAAUCGUUAUCGUAGUGGUGGCGGUGAUUGUGUUGGCUUUAAUACUAGCACUUGUGUUCAUCCGUUACCGUCGAAAGAAAGCCGUGUUGGUCACGGAUGCACAACCCCAGAACGUUAUGAGUCCAGUUUCUAGUGAGUCCAAAUCCAUUGUAAUGGCAGCCGAGUCCAAGAAAAGUGAAGAUGGAAGUUUGAGCUUCGUGAGGAACGAAAGGGAGGAGUUUGACUUGCAAGACUUGCUUAGAGCCUCAGCUGAGGUUCUGGGGAGUGGCAGUUUUGGAUCCACGUACAAGGCCAUGCUUCUGAACGGACCAGCUGUGGUGGUGAAGAGAUUCAAGCACAUGAACAACGUUGGAAAGAAAGAGUUCUUUGAGCACAUGAGAAGGCUUGGAAGGUUGUCACACCCCAACCUAGUUCCUCUUGUUGCAUUUUACUAUGGAAGAGAAGAGAAGCUUUUGGUUUAUGACUUUGCUGAAAAUGGCAGUUUGGCUAGUCAUCUUCAUGGCAGAGGUGGUUGUGUGUUGGACUGGGGAAGUCGUUUGAGGAUCAUAAAAGGAGUGGCAAGGGGAUUAGGAUACCUCUACAGAGAGUUCCCGGAGCAAGACUUAGCGCACGGUCAUCUAAAAUCGUCGAACGUAGUGUUGGACCAUUCAUUCGAGGCUCGUUUGGCGGAGUACGGGCUGGCGGCAGUGGUGGACAAGAGGCACGCGCAGCAGUUCAUGGUGGCGUACAAGUCUCCGGAGGUGAGGCAGUUGGAGAGGCCCAGCGAGAAGAGUGAUGUUUGGUGUUUGGGGAUUCUGAUAUUGGAGCUUUUGACGGGGAAGUUUCCAGCUAAUUAUCUGAGGCACGGGAAGGGUGCGAGCGAGGAUUUGGCGUCGUGGGUUGAGUCGAUAGUGAGGGAAGGGUGGAGCGGGGAGGUGCUUGAUAAGGAGAUUCCUGGGAGAGGGAGUGGAGAGGGUGAGAUGCUGAAGCUGUUGAGGAUUGGGAUGGGGUGCUGUGAAUGGACUUUGGAGACUAGGUGGGAUUGGAGGGAGGCUGUGGCCAAGAUUGAGGACUUGAAGGAGACUGAUAAUGGAACUCAAGGGGAUCAUUCCUACUCAUCGGAUCACUUGUCUAUCUCUCUCAAUUAAUUCAUCAACAAAUCUUUUCUGGGAAUGGGAUGUCUUCAACAUCUUCACUUCUUUUUAUUUCUCACACAAAAAAAGUUUUAUAUUUGUUUCUGCAAUAUAUACUAAUUACUAUUUUAUUCUAAAAAAAAAAUAAUAAUGUAUGUAUUGCCAAAAUCAUAUAUUAAAAAUACAAAUACAUUUUAAUAUACAUGAUUCUUAUCUUGGGUGUUGUAACUUUGAACCUAAAUAAUGGUGGUAAAUAAGAAGAAACAGAUGAAUAUGAUUUCAAUUUUAAUUA